UACAUUUAACGGACCWACUGUGGUAAAAUUACAUGUUUUCCGAUUGUUUUUCGAAAAAUGGCGCGCAUUGACGCACGGUUAGUAGACUGGCACUACCAUGCAAACGAGGUCCAGCRGCCAUAUUGAAAACGUGAGUUCUUCGUUUAAAAGUAUUUUGUCGAAAAUGUCACUUUUAAAUAAGAAAAGAAAGCCGUUUCUUGGCGUUUCAGCACCUCUGGGAUAUGUUCCUGGUCUUGGUAGAGGUGCAACAGGCUUUACAACGAGGUCUGAUAUUGGUCCCGCUAGAGAAGCUACAGAUAUCAGUGAUGAAAGACAUGGAAAACCAGCACAUUUACAGAAAAARGAUGACGAAGAAGAGGAAGAAGAUUUGAACGAGUCAAACUAUGAUGAGUUUGCAGGGUACGGAGGGAGUUUAUUUUCCAGUGGUCCUUAUGAUAAAGAYGAUGAGGAAGCUGAUGAAGUUUAUGAAGCUAUUGAUAAAAGAAUGGAUGACAGAAGGAAAGAAAGAAGGGAACAAAAAUUGAAAGAAAAAAUUGAAAAAUAUCGACAAGAAAGACCAAAAAUUCAGCAACAAUUUUCUGACUUGAAGAGAAAACUCACAGAAGUGUCUGAAGAUGACUGGGUUAAUAUUCCAGAGGUUGGUGACUACAGAAGUAAAAAACAAAGGAAUCCCAAGGGAGAAAAGUUUACACCUGUUCCAGACAGUGUAUUACAAACAACUAUGAUUGCUGGUGGUACUGUGAAUGCUUUGAGCAAUGUGCAGCAAAGAUAUGGUGGAUUUCAAACUCCAUUUCCUGGCGCAAUGACACCUGGUUUCUCCACACCAUCAGCUGACCUUGACCUUAACAUGAUAGGUGAAGCCAGGAAGUCUCUUGUUGGUGUUAAACUUGACCAGGCAUCGGACUCUGUCUCUGGACAGACUGUAGUGGACCCUAAGGGUUAUCUGACAGACUUACAGAGCUUGACCCCUAUUAGUGGAGGGGAUAUUGGUGAUAUCAAGAAAGCAAGGCUUCUUCUAAAAUCAGUCAUUACAACAAACCCCCAGCAUGCUCCAGGUUGGAUAGCUGCUGCUCGUUUAGAGGAAGUAACGGGUCGCAUGCAGGCAGCUAGGAAUACUAUCAUGAAGGGYACUGAUGUGUGCUCCAAGAAUGAAGAUAUUUGGCUGGAGGCUGUACGGCUACAGCCUCCAGAGCAAUCCAAGGCGGUGGUUGCACAAGCAGUACGUCAGCUGCCACAAUCAGUUCGUUUGUGGAUCAAAGCUGCCGAGCUGGAGACAGAAAUUGUGGCACAAAAACGGGUCUACAGAAAAGCAUUGGAAAAUAUCCCUAACUCAGUCAGGAUCUGGAAGGCAGCUGUAGAGCUUGAAGAACCUGAUGAUGCAAGAAUCAUGUUAAGCAGAGCUGUGGAGUGUUGUCCAACUAGUGUAGAGCUUUGGCUUGCACUUGCAAGACUAGAAAUAUAUGAAAAUGCCAGAAAGGUGUUGAACAAAGCCCGUGAAAGCAUUCCAACAGACAGGCUUAUCUGGAUUACUGCUGCAAAAUUGGAAGAAGCUAAUGAUAAUAUUCCUAUGGUAGAGAAGAUUAUAGAAAGAGCUGUGGCAUCUCUAAAGAGUAAUGGUGUAGAAAUCAACCGUGAUCAGUGGAUUACUGAUGCUGAGGAGUCUGAAAAGGCCAGCAGUGUUCACACAUGUCAAGCCAUCAUUCGUACUGUUAUUGGUGUUGGUGUAGAAGAAGAAGAUCGUAAACACACUUGGAUGGAAGACGCUGAAAGUUGUAUUUCCCAUAAUGCAUACGAGUGUGCAAGAGCAAUYUAUGCACAUGCAUUGACUGUGUUUCCAAGCAAGAAGAGUGUCUGGCUGAGAGCAGCUUACUUUGAGAAAAACUAUGGAACAAGAGAAUCUCUGGAGUCUUUACUACAAAAUGCUGUAAAACAUUGUCCCAAGGCUGAGGUCUUGUGGUUGAUGGGGUCAAAGUCCAAGUGGAUGGCGGGUGAUAUCCCAGCCGCGCGGUCUAUCCUGGCUCUGGCAUUCCAAGCCAAUCCAAACAGCGAGGAAAUUUGGCUUGCUGCUGUGAAAUUGGAAAGUGAGAAUAACGAGGAUCAGAGAGCAAGAAAACUUUUACAAAGAGCUAGAAUGAAUGCAUGUACAGCACGGGUGAUGAUGAAGUCCAUUAAGCUUGAGUGGGUAUUAGGAAAUAUCCCAGAGGCAAACAAUCUCCUUGAUGAUGCAGUUCAAAAAUAUCCUGACUUCGCUAAGCUUUGGAUGAUGAAAGGGCAAAUUCAGGAACAGAGAAGAAAAAUCGAUGAAGCAAGAGAUGCUUACAAACUUGGGGUCAAAAAAUGUCCCCAUUCAUCACCUAUCUGGCUGUUAUGGGCAAGGCUUGAAGAGAAAAAUGGUCAUACCACAAAAGCAAGGUCUGUUUUAGAACAAGGGCGACAGAAAAACCCCAAAAACCCAGAAUUAUGGCUUGAAGCUGUUCGCAUCGAGAUUCGAGGAGGAACGAAGGAUUUUGCCAAGACACUCAUGGCUAAAGCUUUACAAGAAUGUCCGACAUCGGGUAUAAUAUGGUCGGAAGCAAUCUUCAUGGAAAACCGACCACAGCGUAAAACACGUAGUGURGAUGCYYUGAAACGCUGUGAACACGACCCUCACGUCUUACUCGCUGUAGCCAAGUUAUUUUGGAGCGAACGUAAGGUUUCCAAGGCACGUGAUUGGUUUAACAGAGCUGUCAAACUUGACCCUGACUUUGGUGAUGCGUGGUCAUAUUUUUAUCGAUUUGAACAACAGCAUGGCACAGAGGCDCAGCAAGAUGCCGUGUUACAAAAAUGUACUCAAGCAGAGCCUCGACAUGGUGAGCUUUGGUGCGCAGAAUCCAAGGCUACCCCRAACUGGAGACUGAAAACCCGCGACAUUUUACCCCUGGUCGCUAAAUCACUGAAACCAAUCGACAAAGAGUGACGACCAAGUUAUUUUUAAUAGUUUGGAACACCUGUGGUACGAGAAAAAAAGUGGGAAUUGGUGCCUAUUUAAAUUGACUACAACUUUUAAUGACGGCUGCAGUCCUCAAUAUCACGGUCACUUAGGUAAAUACCUUGGGACAUUGAAAAGAUUGUGGACACCUCCAUAUUGCGAGCUCCUUUACCUAAAAUGGCCGUUAAAUAGAGGUUCAAAUCCACUCUUGAUAAUGUUGUAAAUCGCGCCCAUUGUAUUACUAUCGUCGGGUCGUAACCGCCACAGUGAGGCGUUUCGAGACGGCACUGGCGUAAAAUAAGAACUUGGGCCAAACGUUUGUAUGUAGAAAUAUAAUUUGUUGGUCAUCCUGUGUAAUUUCCAUACGUUACGAAAAAUUCACAAUAAAAAGAAAUGACGUCAUAUCUAA